CGUUCGGUGCUCGAGGUGCCUGUCGACGUCGACUUAACGUACGCCCGACCGCGCAUUGCGUUUGCAACACGCGCGUUUCCAAGUGCACGUUCGGGGGAAUUUUGGCGAGCCAGUCGUCGCUGGUAAGCCGGUCAGGAUGCGCAACAGGCCUGAGGAGAUCGCGACGGAAGCGCGUGCACAAGUUGGGCGCAAACGGUGAAAGACGUGGAGGAGGAUCGAAGCACGCCUGUAUCCCGCUACGUGUUUACGUCCGCCGCUUCUGUGGUCAUGGAGACGGUCGUCUGACGCGGCGAUCGAGGCUACUUCUAGGCCCGUAAACGCUCCUAGGCGUGUUCGAGCAUACACGAGUAACCAACCGACGCGACGUCUUGCCGGACCGCUCGCCUCCUUUCGGAUCUACGGCGCAGCCGGCCAAAAACGCCGCAAUUAUGCGAACAUCGGCAAAGAUAGCGAAUCGAUGAUAUCUCUGUUAUCCGAAUGAUCUGUUCGUAAUCGGAAAGCGAACAUCGACCAAUUUUUCGAAACGAGAACGCGAACAUGGCACUCGCAAGGAUCAAGAGUUUUAUCGACACGGGCCUAAAGACUGUGUCCACGCCGUUGGAUCGCACUGUGAAUCUGGAACCGGAAGUGGGCAUUAGAAUCAUUCAUUCGGUUAACGAGAAGGCUCUGCACGUAACUGUGCUCGGUGCCCGACACUUGCCACAGAAUUUUGGCUUCACCCGAGUCAACAGCUACGUCGUCAAGGUGAAGCUGAUACCCGGAAAGGACAAGUUUGAGACAACGACGAAGAACGAGUCUUGGCCGCAAUGGAACGAGGAAUUCACGUUUCCUCUGCAUAAAGAAACCAAGCUGAAAUUUGGCAAAACGAAGGUCGUCGAGGAGGAGAUCAAUGGGUCCAGAUUCGUUGUAGCUACUUUGUACGCGAUUCUCGAGGACAAGCCGUUAAUAGCGACCGACAAAAAGGAGGCGGAAAAGGACAAAACCUCGUCCCCUACAAAGGAAUCUCCGAAGAAAGCAAACAAGAAAAAGGAUAGUCAGGGAGGCUCUUCGGAGAGUCAGGAACCAACAAAGAGCAAGCUGUUCGGCCAAUUCUUUGGCAAAGGGUCCGACAAGCAGCCAGAAACUACGACGGUCACCGAGAGGAAAAUGUACGAUAAAAGACGCACCGUUGGCGCGACCACCAUUUCCCUGGACCCGAAAAACUUCACUUCAAAACCAGCCAAACCAAAACACUCGAGCGAUACAUCGACGGGAGAUAUGUGGAGACCGUUGAGACCGAUCGCCAGUGGCAUUUCCGGGGCCGAGGAGAGGAGGGAAAACAAGAAGGGUCAAUUGGAAUUGUCUCUGUGCCAAGAGAAGAACGACAAACGAGAAGAAGGCAGCGAACGAUUAAUUCUAUCUCUGCAUCGUCUGAGAUGUUCUUUGCAGACGAUGCACGAGCACGAGGCUCUCAAGGGACAAAUGUACGUCAAGAUGUCGGUGGUGGACAAUGGAAGGGUUACUCACUUUUGGAAGAGCAAUCGCUUCCAGCCGUGCGUGUCGAUGAAAUUUCCACCGGAUAUGGCGAGAGUCGUCGCGGACAAUCCAUACCAGGGAGCACUAAAAGACACGAGCUUCGUUAUUAAAUUCGUCUCCAAGAAUAAAAUGGGAAAAAAGACAACUGUUGGACAUUUUGUAAUCGGGCCGGACGUAGCAGGACCUUACGGUGAACACUGGAAACAGGCUAUAGCAAAACCGGGACAACAGAUAACGAAAUGGUUGGCAUUCGAAUGAGAUCAAGAACAGCGGAUAUAUCGAGAAACGAACCACCUCGAUUCGUUGCUUACUCGAGUUCUCGUCACCUGUGAGCCUAUUUUCGAUCCGUACGGCUAUUACGAAUAUUUUAGAGCAUAGUAUAUGACGGAAAGUAUAAAUAUUUGGUCGACAGUACCAUUCCAAAGAAUACUUAGCCGAACACCCACGAACACCAAGUACAUAUGCUGUUUGCAUAAAGCUGCUUUCGUACAAUUUAUAUUGCUCAGUUUUUCUUAUUCAAACUUCUCACUCUUCGUUUUUAUUUCUUUUUAAUGCAAGUUACACGCAUACGCAUUUCAUACAUUACAAUGUAUAUAUUAAAUAUAUAUCUACAAAUUUCAAUCGUCCUUGGUUCCGAGGCAAACGAAAAACAAACUAUCUGCCAAGAAUCUACAUAACACUAACCGUCCAGUAAAAUAUAAGUGCCUGUCAACAUGAAACAUGAGGGAUUUAGGGAAUGAUCCAAAAAUUACGUUUUUCUCAUUAGCGAAUUUGAUAUAUCGACCGAUCGAAAUAGAUAGACGACGUUUCGUGCUAGAUACAAUUCUGACGAGAUAAUUUCCAAUUGAAAAGUGAAGGCACGACUUACGGUAAAAAUGGAAUAGCAUUCUUUUUAUCCUUUUUCAGGAAAACGAAAUCAUUUUUCUUUUCGUAUUGACUGUAAGUAAAUAACUCUCGUAUGUAAGAGAAUUUACGAAAACAGUAAAAAAGUAUUUACUGCGCGAGCAGGAUUAAUUAAUAUUUUAAGUUACGAACACUUCCAACAUUCUUUCUGCACUAACAGCGAUCAAUUUUGCUCAUUAUUUUAAUUCAAGUUUUAUCGAAGCUUGUUCGAAAGUAUAUAUAUUAAUGUAUAUUACAAACUACUCUAAAAUAGACCAAUUACAAGUGCUCCACGAUCAAAAUGGAAUUUUGUAAAGAAUUAUUUAUACUAUUGUAAUUACAUGUGUAUUUUGCUAUAAAUGAUUAUACUAACAAAUAUUUGUAAAAUCAAAACGGUUACACCAAAAAAA